AUGACCAAACCUUGGAAAGCAGCUUUGGAUGCUCUGCCCUCGACGCCCGAUAAUAUCCCAGCGUUCUUCUUUGCGCAUGGGUCGCCCAUGCUUGCCACGCCUCCGACUGGGGGGCACGCAGUCUUCGGCGCGAGACAGGGCUUGAUGGCGUAUCAAGGUCCUAAUGGCCCACUUGCCAACUUCUUGCGGGAUUUCGGGCCUGCGCUGCUGGAGAAGUACAAGCCAAAGGGGAUAGUGGUGUUCAGUGCGCAUUGGGAGUCUCCACAACGAUUAGUUACUGAUUAUGGUGAUGAGAACCCUCUGCUAAUGGAUUACUAUGGGUUCAGCCCGGAACUCUAUCAACUCAAGUUUAAGUCGCGAGGGGACAAAACACUAGCUAACAGGGUCGUCGAGCUUUUCAAAGAAGCAGGUCUCCCAGCUCGCACUACACCCCGCACGGAAGCCCGAGGCGAAGACGGGCGCGGCUAUACUGGCCCAGGCCUCGAUCACGGCGUAUUCGUCCCCUUCCGCAUCAUGUUCGGCGACGAGUUCACCAGCAUCCCCAUCGUCCAAGCGAGCAUCGACUCGUCCCUCAAGCCCGCUGACAACUGGAAGGUUGGCGAGGCCGUGCGCAAGCUGCGGAAGGAGAACAUCCUCGUUCUUUCCGGGGGCCUCACGAUUCACAACCUGCGCGAUUUCUCGGCAUUCCACCCAGAUACGGCAAGCGCGGCGUAUAAAUCCUUCGACGAGGCGCUGCAUAAGGCCAUAGCGACGCCGGAGCCUGCUAAGAGACAGGAAGCGAUGUACGGGCUGACAAAACAUCCGGGGUUUAGGGCUGCACAUCCGAGAGAAGACCAUUUUGUGCCGCUGUAUGUGGCGGCGGGUGCUGGAUCUGGAGACCUCGCCAACGGAAUACCGGAAGGCGAGGUGAGGACUAUCGUAGAUCUAUAUGGGAUUCCGACCUUUGCUUUUGGUGUCGUUGGGUAG